AAUAUCAAAACCUAGAGAGAGAAAGAAAAUAAAUUACCUUUUGAAAAAUUGAACUGGUCCCCAUUCCUGAAUUAUCUAUCAUCCACACCACAUGCACUCAUCAUCAUUGUCAACAACAACAACAAACAUAUAACGAUUUUUCAGACCAAUCUUAUUCCCUAUCCUAACCACAAAUUCUAACAAAUAUUUUCUAAUCACAAAUUUGGUUCCAAUUUGAAGAGAAAUAAUUUUAUUUUUUGAAUUGUUCUCUUUCCUUUGGUAGUUUUCCAAACCCAAUUCUUAAUAAUUAUGAUACCUAAACAUUCUGUUAGGGUUCCAAUUUUAAAUCCUUUUAUUUUUUCAAAUUAGGGUUUUUGUUCUUCCCAAACACAAUCCUACCCAUCAUUAUCAACAUCACCAAGUUUCGAUUUUGACGUCAAAAAUGGCGACGAGAGGAACCAGAUCGGAGAAGGUGCGACGAAUCUUCCACCAAUUCGACGCGAAUCAUGAUGGGGGUCUCAACCGUGAAGAGAUGGCGUCGCUUGUUGGUGCUGUGAACCCUAGGGUGAAAUUCAGCGACGAACAAAUCAACGCCAUUCUCGAUGAAGUUUUCCGAACCUACGCUGAAUUCAUUGACGGCGAGAGGGGUUUGACCUACGACGGUCUUCUUCGCACUUAUGAUGAUGGUGCCGGUGAUGCUGAUGAAUCUGGAAAGGCUCUGGUGCCGGUAUCGGAUGCUUCGUCUUCGUCGAUUGUCGAUGAGAGGAUGGCGGUGGAGUCGCAGAAAAAGCAGCGGACGGCUGCGUGGGCAGUGUCGCCAAAUCACGGUAUUGUGUUCGACGACACCUGGAAGAUUGUGGAUGAUUUAGAGAUUUUGAUAAAGAGGUUGAAGUUAAAGCAGGCUAAAGAUGGGAAAGUGAAAGGUGAAAACUUUGAUGCUUAUUCUGAUGCAGGUUGGUCUCGUGAAUUGGGGCCUUCGACCGAGAUUUCGGAGAAGAGAGUGGUUUGGGAUGAAACAGGACAUGAUUAUGCUGUUUUUGUUAAGGAAGUAGGUGGUUUGAGAACUAGGGCUGAUAGUGCUAGAUCAAGAGAAGAAGCUUUUGAUGGUCACAUGGCAAUUGGUAGGGUUUUGUAUGAACAUCAAUUGUUUAAGGAAGCAUUGAUUAGUUUCACGAGGGCUUGUGAAUUGCAACCUGUUGAUGUGAGACCUCAUUUUAGAACUGGUAAUUGUUUUUAUGUUCUUGGAAGGUAUAAGGAAGCUAAGGAAGAGUUUUUGUUGGCACUUGAAUCUGCUGAGUCUGGUGGAAAUCAAUGGGCUUAUUUGUUGCCCCAAAUUUUUGUUAACCUUGGCAUUUCAUUGGAAGGUGAAGGUAUGGUUUUGAGUGCUUGUGAGUAUUAUAGGGAGGCUGCGAUUCUUUGUCCGACACAUUUUAGAGCUUUGAAACUUUUGGGUAGUGCCCUUUUCGGCGUAGGGGAAUAUAGGGCUGCCGUGAAGGCGCUUGAGGAGGCGAUUUUUAUGAAACCAGAUUAUGCUGAUGCACAUUGUGAUUUGGCUUCCGCGUUGCAUGCUAUGGGUGAGGAUGAGAGGGCGAUUGAGGUGUUUCAGAAGGCUAUUGAUUUGAAACCGGGUCAUAUUGAUGCUCUUUAUAAUUUAGGUGGGUUGUAUAUGGAUUUGGGUAGGUUCCAGAGGGCUUCUGAGAUGUAUACUAGGGUUUUGGCUGUGUGGCCGAAUCAUUGGCGAGCACAGUUGAACAAGGCGGUGUCGUUGCUUGGAGCUGGGGAGACCGAAGAAGCCAAAAGAGCUUUGAAGGAAGCGUUGAAAAUGACAAAUAGGGUUGAAUUGCACGAUGCAAUAUCACAUUUGAAGCAGUUGCAGAAAAAGAAGGGUAAACCUAAUGGGGCUAUUCCUGGGGAAUCGCCAUUUGUUAUAGUUGAACCAUCAAAGUUUAAGACAGUUGGUGAAAAGACUACCCUGAGACAGGAACUGGCCAGUGCUCUGCAAAUCAGAGCACUUCAGAAGGUUACUCGGUUGGGUCGAUGCAAUGUCGAGCUUUUAAAGAAGGAAAUGAGUGAACACGAUGUGCCAGUGUCCUAUUCUGGUAGUGGAGUGCCUGAGAAAUCUAUCCGGAAACCGAAUUUGGAAGAAAUUCUUCGCAGAUUGCUUAGUUUUCUGAAGCCUGACACUUUCCAAGGAGCUGUGAAAGCCAUAAAUGAAAGGAUUCUAUCUGUUUUGGAUGUAAAUGGUUCAGGCAGGUUGGAUCUAGCAACAUUCUAUGCUAUUCUUGCUCCCAUUUGCGGUGGCCCUCCAGAGAGACGUAAAAGGAUCGCCUUCGAUGCUCUUUUAUGGCGUCCAAUGAAUGAAAACGGUGCUAAUUUAAAGAGAGUUGAUGCCACCAGAUACAUCAAAUUGUUAAGGGCUAUUUAUGUUCCUUCCCAUAGUGUUAGUAGUGAAUUAAUGGAGGUUGGUGGAGACUUAGACACUUCACUGGUGUCUUUCUCCGAGUUUCAAGUCAUGUUUGAUGAUCCUGAUUGGGGUUUUGGUAUUAUGCCAACCUUAGUGAAACUCGAAACAGGAGACAGAAACCGACACGGCAACACCGUGUGCUCCGUUUGCCGCUACCCUGUUAUCGGUUCACGCUUUAAAGAGAUAAAAUCUCAUUUUAAUUUGUGUAACCAAUGCUAUAGUGAAGGAAAAGUGCCUUCUACAUUUAAGCAAGAAGAGUACAGAUUUAAGGAAUAUGGAAGUGAGGGUGAUGCUAUGAAAGAUAAGUGUGUGUGUUUUAACUUGCAAUCAAGGAAUGCAAAGUAGAUAGAGGAAUUAUUCAAUCUUAAUUUUUUGUCCUCUUUUGAUUUUUUUGUUUUUGAUUAUUAUUAAUCUUGUAUUAUCCUCCAAUCUUGUUGUUCUAGCUUUUCAGUGUGAAAUAUUUAGCUCAUGAGUUCAUCAGUUAUUUUGUGCUAUUUGUCAAAUAAUUGAUUAUGCUGGUGAUUUCACUGUUUUAUAGUUAUUAUGAAACCUUUCACGAUAAAUAUUUGUGUUGAUCA